CCUGACCCGGACGUUAUUACUCAAAAUUUAACAUUUUUGUGAUAAAUGUUUCCUGUAUUCUAAAUCGAACCCAUUGUGAGCCAGCUAUCGAAAAGUCCCAAUUCUUAAGAUAAUGGCCCACGACUAAAUGAAUAAUUGAUCAAUCAUACUACCGUGUAAAUAUUGAGGCAUAUUUAAAGCAUUUCAUUUGAUGGAUUUUGACAGAUUCCUUACAGACACGAAAUUGUAAAAAUCGAGAUAAAUAAGAGAUUCGUCGCCUGUUUUUGCGAUAUUUUGGACGAUUUGAAUUUAGGAUAUGGACUACGGAAUUUUUGUCCAUUUGGUCGCACUACUGUGUCCACUGCUUGUCGUCGCAACAGCUGUACCAGAAAAAGUUUGUCGCGGCACCACAGUAGGCUUGCAAUACUUGUCUAUCCGGGGCUACUCAUUCUACGAGAAACGUUACAGGAACUGCACUGUCGUAGAUGGCAACCUGGAACUAACCUUCAUCGUGGGUAACAGCACCAACCGAAAUCUCGAUAUGUCCUUCUUGAGCUCCAUACGGGAGGUUACAGGUUAUGUGCUUGUCAGUACAUCGACAUUUGAAGAGCUGCCUCUGACGAGCCUCGUCAUCAUCCGAGGCGAAGGCGACCUAUUCAUGGACAGGUUUAGCAUGUAUAUCAUGGCGAACUGGUAUCCGAGCUAUGGCCAAGGGGUCGGACUCAAGAGAGUGUUGGUGCCAAAUCUAAGGGAAAUCAGCCAAGGCGAGGUCAAGGUCGUCAAAUCCCCUCUUCUGUGCUUCAUGGAUACGAUCGAUUGGUCGCGCAUCACGCAAGGAGCGGUCGAUGUCAGGGACAAGAGCCCCUCGUACCCGACAAUCUACUGCCCCGUCUGUGACCCCCAAGUCUGUGUAAACUGUUGGGCGCUGGGAAGGGAAAAUUGUCAAGCAAAGGACGUCUUCAGAAAUUGUCACCCGUCCUGCAGGAAUGGUUGCUUCGCGGAAGGGGAGAGGGGUUGCUGUGACGAGGAGUGUGCACUGGGGUGCGUUGGACCAGCCAACACGCAAUGCUUUGAAGGAUUCUGUCGAGUGCUCAGAGACGAUGGUGCCUGCGUACCAACUUGUCCUCCUCACAAAUACAAGCAUGGUCGAAUAUGUGUCGACUAUUGUCCUGAUUACCUAGUUAAGGAUGGGAGGACAUGCGCUACGAGUUGUCCCGUAGGACAGGAGGAAUUUCAUGGCGAUCCCGGCUACGGAGAAUGCCUCCCUUGUGGGAUGGUCUGUAAAAAGCGUUGUCCGGGUUUGCCACGGAGUAAAUUUUUGGACGUCAGUAACAUAGAACAGUUUAAAGAUUGUGAAAUAGUAGAAGGGAGUAUUCAUAUUACACGGUUUUCAUUUCUAGGUGACAGAUUUUACAAUAGACCAGGGCUAACAAUGGAACAACUCCGCUACCUCUCAUCCGUGCGAGAAAUCACGGGAUAUCUCAAGGUUUCUGCAGCAACUACUUCCGUUUCAUUACUACCGGUGCGCGAUCUGUCGAUUUUUGAAAAUCUCCAAGUGGUACAUGGGCGCUUUCUCACGGAGAGCGGAAACUCAUUAGUGAUCGCUAAAACGCCCUUCCGCCAUCUUGGUCUCCGGUCGCUGAGGCGAAUUGGUAAUGGCGGUGUUGCAAUCGUGGACAACCAGAACCUCCGCAUUAACUCAAGACACCUACGGCGAAGCCUUGGAACGUCUGCCAAGCUUACCUUAAGGGGAAAUUAUGCCGAUCUGCAAAAGCAAGCACGUGGAAUAUAAAGCGUUUCUUCGUGAUGGCGAUACUUGUAAGAAAUGAAUGUGCUCGGAGUCCCGGGAAAUCUUCUAGAACUGUCUUCAUGAUCGCGACGAAAAAGGAGCUGCAUACAUCGUUUAAUUUGCUUGUUGCUGUACUGGCCGCUGCUGAUUGGUUGACAAUGACAGUCACGGUUCAACAGAAUUUCAAAGCUGUCGCCACCGAACCGUUCUUCGGUGUUCUGUCAUUCACGAUAUUUUUAAUAAUGAUUCCUUCAAUCGCAGUCAUCCGGUUAUAGCCUACGCCGCCAUGUCCGGGGUCUUGUUCAAACUGCGUUGGCCGAUUGCGGUGACCAUUUCUCCCAUUGCUGCUCUUUUAUCUCUAGGCUUUGACGUCUUCCUGGUCUUUUACUCAGCUACCGUCACUCGACUGCCAUUCUUUACAAACCGUGGAUUCACCAACGUCACAACCGAAAUAAACCAAGACAACAAGGGUAAAAUUAACAUGCUUUUCUGUUUGAUUUAUAAUAAUAAUAAUAAAUACCGGAUAUCAUAGUGCCUUGUACAAGCUAAGCAUGCUCCAAGGCACUUUACAAUGGAGUUAGAAGCAACUAUUUGGAUUUAAAACAGUUUGAUAGUGGUAAAACAGAUAGAUUUAAAAAAAUUGAGUCUCUAAAACAUAGAUGGCACAUUCGGAAUAUAAGUCUAUGUAGCUACCAACAAAAGGCUUCGCGGAACAAAUGGGUUUUAAGUGAUUGUUUGAAAGUUGACACACGCUCUAAGUCCUUCAUGGCAUCUGGAAUCGCAUUAAAAAGUCUUCGUCCAUUGACUCGAAAUGAUCGUGGCCCUGACCCUGACCACCACCAUUUACAUCGCGAUGGCGAUACGCGUGAUGAAGAAACGUAAAUACUAUGCCGUCGUUGGUUCCGCUAGGAACAUUCUGACGUUCAGUGCGGUUUUCGCCAUGAUUGUGACUAUGUUAUUUCUUUCGCACGCGUGUUCCAUGGCCGUCUCCAUGGUUUACGUCAACAAGUUCGAAGACAGGCUCGGAAUGGACGAUGUUGAACUCACAUCUAUGGAUAGUAACAUGACAUUCACUGUGAAGAGCUUGCUAUAUUCUCAAAGCGCUUUCAACUGUAUUAUUUUCACGCUUGCAUGCAAGCGCUAUCGUAAAGUGCUCAAGGGUUUGAUAUGUAGGCAGAAACAUGAAAAAAGUGCUGCCGCCUCAUCAGCAAGAUCGGGACCAUUUGGUUUGAUUGGGAAUCAACAAUCUGUGAUUGGCGCAAGGACUGAAAUAGCACAAAUGAGUCACAUUUUGACCUCCAAAAACCACACUAGCCUUGGAAGCACUUAAACCAAACUGGUUCAUUAUGUAUUGUGUACUAUACUGAAUGACCAGAGAGCUGUAAUCAAAUUGAAAUAAAUUGUAGACUAAGUAUUGUUUGCGUUUGAUUCAAGAUUCAUAGGCAACAACGAAAAUAAACUAUAAACAGAGCUAGAUGUAGAUCAUAAAGACGGUCAAAGUUCAAAAAGUCCUGGCUGUAUUAAAGGCCAUUAUACAUGUAGUUGGUUAGCAUAGAAUGAAAGUGAGAAGGAAGACUUUUUAUAUUUCGUGUUGUAUUUUCGGUGACUUUCGUUACUCUCAGUAACACAUUUGAUUGACAGCCAAUGUACCCCUGCUCCAUUUACGAAAAAAAACGGCACUCUGAUUGUUGUGAUUUCACACAGCAUAUAAAAUAAUUGAACAAAUGUAAUAUUGUAUCUUAAACUAAUUCCAAAGUAUCUAAAAAUACUUUGCCAGAAGUACGAAAGGUUUAGGCAGGUACGAAGAGCUACAUGGACGAAAUAUGCGAUUAUUUCAUUUUAUCGACGAUUUUUGUUUAAAAUGUCCGGACGCGUGAAUGAAUUCAGGACAUGAUGACCGCAUUUACUGUCGUACAUGUAAAAAGUAGUUCGCUUAAGUUUUCGUACGAAUCUCGCAACCUGUGUUAGCUCGGUAACCUGCAUGGUCCUGAUCCCUGCUUUCGUCAUUGGAACAAGAAACCAGGAUAUAGGACUACUCCGGUAGUAGCACAUUGAAAUAGACUCCGGUG